CUGAGGCUUGCAGUCACAUCGUCCCAGCCUCGUGCGGCCUUAUCGGCUGAGUCAUCGUGAUUCUGCGGAGUCAGCAGUCUCGAGAGAAUCAGGGGCUUACCUUGUUCUCUCCGAAGCAUCACCUCCAGUCUCACCGACCUUUGGAGCCGACCGAAGCCAUGAAGUGCUGCUACUCACUGAUGGUCCUCGCCGCAUUAGUCUCCUGGGGCUGGGGCCACAGUCUCUGUGGAGACGCGGAGCAGUGUCGCGGUGCGGGCUUGGCUGAGGACAAGAUGGCACAGAUGUUUCGCGAUUUCAUGAAAACUUACAAUAAGACUUACAAGGAUCAGAAAGAGGAGAAGCGGCGCUUCAAGAUCUUCGUGGAGAACGCGGAGAAGGUGAGGCUGCUGCAGGAGUCAGAGGAAGGCACUGCGAGAUACGGUGUCACCAAGUUCAGCGACAUCUCAGCUGAUGAAUUCACGCACGGAAGUUUAAAACCUGUGGCCAAAGAAUCAUGUGAAAAGGUGUCCUUUAGUAACCCCUUAAACAAUCUCUCAGAGGCAAUGGACUGGAGAAAACUUCAUGCUGUGACUCCGGUUAAAGACCAGCAGCAACAAUGUAAAUGCUGCUGGGCUUUCGCUGUGGUUGGGAACGUGGAAUCACAGUGGUUCAUCAAAAAGCAGAAGCUGAUCUCCCUCGCAGAACAAGAGCUCCUGGACUGCGGGGCACAGACGAACAACUGCUCCGGGGUCAGAUCGACGUGGCUUUCCAGGACGUCGAGAAACUCGGUCUGGAGCAGGAGGGACAGUUACCCGUACAAAGGGCAACAGUCCAGUGUAAUCGUGAUAAUGAAAAGUCCGUGGUUAAGAUUAAAAAGUGUGUCUGGCUCCCCAGCGAUGAAAGAGUUCUGAAGCAGUACGUGGCCUUAAAUGGGACCAUCACGGUGUUGAUGGAUCUGAAGCCAUUACAGCAUUACAAGAAGGGGAUUAUCCGAUCCAAUAGCUGCACGAAGAUCAGUAAUCACGCCGUGUUAAUUG